GAACGAAGACGAAGAAAAGCAAGUGCAGUUGCAGUCUCAACAUUUGUAAUUGCAUUUGGAAGUGGAAAUUUUGAAAGUAUUUGAAAUCUGUAAAUAAAAUUUGAAUUUGCAAGUGUAUGCAACCAAUGCAACUCGUGCAGGGAUUUUUCGUGCGUUCGCUCGUUGUCGGUUGGUAAACUUUCAAACUGUCCGGUUGCUAGGCGCUCAGUUUUCGUAGAGGGCGCAUCUAUCGUGUGUUAGAUUGACAGAAAAACAAAAGUUUUGUUUUGAAAAAACGAAGAGUGUUUUUGGCGGAGGAUUUGGGUAAGAUUGCGAGGUGCGAAAAUGUCGGUUACAGUCGCCGCUGAUAAACGGUUCGAUGAUAAUCUGUUCGAAAUCCUGAAGGAGCGUCGAACUCUCACCAACUUCCUGGACACGGUGUUCGGCUUCCUGAAGCGCCGGACGGAUUUUUAUCAGGUGGCCGAGACGAAUGCGUCACCUGUGGGAUUGCCGAAGGGAUUGGCCGAGACUAUCUUGAGGAAUUGUUACUACAAGUGGGAGAAGUACGAGGAGCCGUUGGUGGUUGCAGAUGAGGCCUCGACAACGAAGCAGUCGACCAAGAAGAAAACAGCUAAAGGUGACAACAAAGGUGGUGAAUUCAGUACGGCGGACAGUUACAAUGGAGCUGUCCAAGAGAAUUACUCGUGGGCGCAGACCAUCUCCGAUCUGGACGUCACGAUCAAGAUACCCGAGGGGGUGAAGGCUAAACAGCUGGAUGUAAAGAUCGAGGCGCAGAGUAUUUCGGUGCGAAUGUUGCAGGAUGGUGGCGAGACGAUCCUCGCCGGUGAUUUUCCCAGAAAGGUGAAGCCGACGGACGCGAUUUGGUCGGUGGUCGGUGGAAAGCUCGAGAUUCAUCUGGAUAAGGUGGCGGACGUGUGGUGGGAUAAGCUGCUCGAAGCCGAGAGUAAGCUCGAUCUCACCAAGAUCGACUGCUCGAGACCGUUCGAAGAGUUGAGCGACGAGGCUCAGGCGAAGAUCGAAGAGCUGACGUGGAAUCAAGAGCGGCGACGGCAGGGUUUGCCCACUUCGGAGGACGUCGUCUUCGAGGAUAACCUGAAGAAGGCUUGGAACGCGGAGGGUUCACCGUUCAGCGGCCCCUUCGAUCCCAAGUCCGUCGUCAGGCAUUAAUCGGAGAGCGGAGAUCCGUAUGUAAAUAAUAUUGCAUUUCUUUUUCCCGCCGCCUCGAUCCGUUCUUAAAUUGUACUUAGGCAACCCGAUCGGCGUCUUUUCGUUCGCACAGUUGCCGAUCGCAUUUUACCUUUUUAUCGCGUUAUCUCGAUCCCUUCUUCGCAGGGUAGUCAACUUUUAUAUAUAUAUAUUUUUUUUAAUAUUACCUUUGUAAAUAUAUCGUUUAUUUAUUUAAUC